UCACGGCUCCAGCUCUUUGAGCUGGGAUUCUUGCCUCUCACAGCUGUGAAGAUGAGAUAACCGAGCUGCUACUUCAAGAAGCUUCCUUUGCAGCCAAGAGUCAAACUGUACUUGUGCUGCAUGGCAGCUGUCAACUUCCUCAUCUUCAGAGAAGAGAGUGAGAAGAGGAUGAUGAGCUGAAUUUACAGUUGGACGUUUUUUUUUUUUUUUUUUUGCACAUCUGUUUUUUUGUUAAACUUUUAGAGUCAGAGUAGAGUGUGACUCUGCCAACUCCUGAGCAGGGGAUGAACAUGCUGUCAAACACAGCUGCCCAGGGGCAGUCUUUACCUCUCUGUGGCCCCGGGUCUGUGCAUGAUCUACCCCACUGCCCUCCAGGGUUUGCUUUAAACUCCCGCCUGAAUGCUGCACCGCUCCUCAGCCUGCAGAAUGGCCCAAGAGCAGCCAAACCCCAGAAGGAGCUAAGUCCAGAGGAGCAGCAGGAGUUGAGGAGGAAGAUCAACAGCAGAGAGAGGAAGAGGAUGCAGGACUUGAACAUCGCAAUGGAUGCCCUGAGGGAAGUCAUGGUGCCUUAUGCUUCCUCUUCCUCCUCUCCCUCUCAGUCACAUGCGCUGGGGGCUCCUCCAGGCCGGAGGCUCUCCAAAAUCUCCACCCUGGUUCUGGCCAGGAACUACAUCCUCCUUCUAGGUUCAUCUUUGCAGGAGAUGCGGCGGCUGCUGGGGGAGGUAAGCAUCGGGAUGGGGGUGAGCACUGGGCCGGUCCCCCGACUGCUGUUUGCUGGUGGGUGGCCCCUAAUCACCGGUCCCGGACAGCUCCUACUGACUCAUGAACCCCUCCUAUCAGCCGCCUCUUCUUCUUCCUCUUCUUCUUCUGCCGGGUCACCAUCCUCCACAACAGCUAAAUGUGCUCCGGUUCCUUCGAGCCCCAUGGAGGCCUCGCUGGCCCCAGUGCAGUGGAGCUCUGUGGGGGCUCCAGGUGUAGCCCCCUGUCCCUGUGGAGUCUGUAGACUGCCCAGAUUCAACCACACCAAACCUGCACCCAGGUUCCCAAAGUGAAGACCCAAACCGAAGCGGUUGAUGAAGAUUGGAGCUUGUUGCACAGAUACAAGAUUUUAUAGGAAUUAGUAUUUUUCUAACAUUUUAACUUCUUCAUAAAAUGUUGCUACACAACCUAUGAUUAUAUGCUAAUUUCAUCUAAGCAUCUGUAUUUAGUCAAACAUUUUUGGUUCAGGGUGUUUUUUUUCUUCUUUUCUUUAGUUCAUCACAGACAAGCCAGAGCCUCAUUGGAAAAUAUCGAAUUCCUUGCUAAAAAUGUGUUUCAGAUUCAUAUGUUUCAAACAGUAGAUUUUUGAGAUGCCAACAGCUGAUUGAUGAUGAAAUGAUAAUCCAAAUUGAAAUUCUUCAUCUGAAUUUGGAUGGAAUCAAAGGGUGUCGUCUGGUACUAGUUUUGGAUGCAGCUUUGGAUGAACCUGUUUCUACCUGUUGAUCAUGAAACAAAACCUUUCUGCAAAGAUUUCUGCAUUUUAGUUUUUGUCUAUGCAUUUUUAGAAUAAAGAUUCACAAAAAUUA